AUGCAGUGUCAAAAGAUCUGUAACUGGGAGGCAUUGCAGGAUAGGCUCCAAUGUGAAGGGUGGGUGGUUAAUUCAGUUGUGAUGGACCAUGCGACAAUUGGAGAUGGAUGUUCAAUACAAGGCUCAGUCAUUUGCAGCCACGCCCAGCUUCAAGAACGUGUUGCUCUGAGAGAUUGCCAAGUGGAAGCAGGCUAUGUAGUUUGCGGGGAUGAGCACAAGGGAGAGACCUUCGCCAGAAAAUGA